AUGGCUGGUCGCAAAGUCAUCAAGGCGCAGAACUGCGCGCAACGCAUCGAGGCAGCCACCAGCACACGCUCUCAGGUCGUGAUCUCUGAUCUCGCAGCGGCAGAUGCGGAGAACCUUUUCGCCUUGUAUGAUUUCGAUGGCAUCUCUUUGCUGCCUCGCGGAGGUCUCACCGAAGUCCUACGAGACAUUGGGCUCGAGAAGGAACUCGGAGCUGACCUUCCAGCUUUCGCACGCGUUGCCUUUGAUUCCCAUUCCGCAGAUUCGCAUUUCCUCUCGCCCAAUGAAUUCAAACAGCUCUACUACCGCUUGAUGCACCGCUAUCCAACUUUACUUCCAAGGACCCCAGCCCUGAGGGUGACCGUCUAUUCGGCCAAGAAUUUGCCGCCUGCAGAUGUCAAUGGGAAAGCCGAUCCCUACUGCACGAUGCAGCUGGUAGGAAAGCCGCACAUAAAGACAAGGACAAGGCACUUGGAAAAGACCUUGGAUCCCAGGUGGGGCGAAGAGCUGACUGGAUGCUAUGCUUACCAGGAGGGCGAUGAUCUCCACUUUGAGGUGGUCGACUAUGACAGGGGGGCCCUGCAGGGUGACCUCAUGUGUAGUUGCAUCGUGCCCAACAAGGAGUUCCAUCGGACCGGAGGCUUUGAUGGUGCCUGGCCGAUGACCUUGGCUCCAGAGCUGGCCAAGUUGAAGGGUUACAAUCCAACCCUUCGACUCCGUAUCCAAGUCACCGCCUUUCCAGAGCCUCCACCACGGAUGACCAUUCUCGUUCGUCAUGCUGAAGGUUUGCCUCCUGCAGAUGCAAAUGGCAAAUCUGAUCCGUUUUGCUCUCUGCAGCUGGUCGGAAAGCAGUUCUCCAGGUCGACCACAACGAUCAAGUCCAGAACGCUUGAGCCGGUCUGGAAUGAAACCCUGACAGAUAAGCACAGAUACGAAGCUGGAGAUAGCCUUUCGAUCAAGAUCUGGGACUACGACAAAGCAGCGAACAAUGACCUGCUUGCCGAGGGCAUUCUGGAUGGCAGCCACUUCCACAAGCCAGGUGGCUUCGAUGGGGAGUUCAAUCUGCAGAGCUGCGAGCCAAAGUAUUCACCCGUGAUCAGCAUCAAAGUCCUGGUUCGCGAGGUGGAGGAGGCGGCAGCCGCAGUGGCCUCUGCCACAGCCUCUGUGGCUUCGGCCGAAGAGCUGGUGGAGGAGGCAGAGGCUGCCUAG